AUGCUAAUAUUUAAGGCUCAAUCCAAGAAUGCUCCAGUGGUAUUCCCGAAUUGGGUUGUUAAAAUCUCACAAGGCCGUCCCAGAAGUUUCCCUGAAUCAGUGAUAAGACAAGGUGAGAUGGUGAUCCCAUUGCAAUACGGUACGAAUAAAUGCGCAUCACAGAAAGGAAUGACCCCGUACGGAUUGACCAGGCAGAUCAAACCUGAACUCUGA